CCUGUCAAAUAUUUCAAACGUACGCGCUCCUAUUUUAUCUUUCAAACCGAGAAUUAUUGCAAACGUAACUUUAUAAAUCACUUCAAUUACUAUAAAUAUGGGUAAACGUGCCGAUUCUGAUAAAGCAAUAACCAAAUAUACAUUGUAUCCUGGAGUUUUUUUUGCUUGUCUGGUGCGAUGGUGUGUUGCCGCAUAUCCUUACUCAGGUUAUAAAAAACCACCUAUGUAUGGUGACUUUGAAGCUCAACGACACUGGCAAGAAAUAACAGUGCAUACCCAAAUAUCAUCCUGGUAUCACAACACUACACAGAAUGACCUCGAGUACUGGGGUCUUGAUUAUCCACCUCUGACAGCAUACCACAGUCUUCUAAUGGGCCUUAUAGCCGAUUGGUUGGAUCCGGAAUCCGUGCGGCUCUUCGCUUCUCGAGGUUAUGAAAACGAAUUCCACAAGAGUUUCAUGAGAUGGACAGUUUUUUUGUGUGAUGUGUACUUCUUUUUCACUGCUGCUGCAUGUAUUUCUAUUGACCGUGAACGAAUGAAGCCAAAACUCAACUACAACAUAUUUAAACAUACAGAUAUUAGACUGGUGAUGUUUUUGUUAUAUCCCGGAAUUAUUGUUAUUGAUCAUGGACAUUUCCAAUAUAACUGUGUUUCCCUAGGCUUGUUUCUCUGGGCCACGUUCUUCACUGUCUCCAUACAGAAUGACAUACUAUCUACAAUAUUUUUUGUGCUAGCAAUAAAUUAUAAGCAGAUGGAAUUAUAUCAUGCUUUGCCAUUUUUCUUUUAUCUACUCAGAAAAUGUUUUAUAGUAUCUAAUAAAGGGAAUCUCUUUCAGUUUGUAAAAAAACUUUCCAAAAUUGGUAUUGCGGUCAUAUUUACAUUUGUAUUAGUAUGGUAUCCCAUGUUAAGUUCCUGGGACAAUAUUUUACAAAUUUUACAUAGACUAUUUCCGUUGAAACGAGGAGUUUUUGAAGACAAAGUAUCCAAUGUAUGGUGCACAGUUAACAAUUUUAUAAAACUGAAACAUUUAUAUAAGAACGAGGAAAUGGUCAGAAUGUGCUUAUUAUCAACUGUUUUAGCAGCUGCUCCUUCAUGCUUAGAUUUAUUUUUCAGAAUUAACGUAAAAAAGUUUGUUUUAAGUCUCAUUAAUGUUUCUUUAGCAUUUUUCUUAUUUUCCUAUCAAGUGCAUGAGAAAUCAAUACUUCUUGUAGCGAUACCCGUCGCUAUACAUUUCCCAGAGGAUCCUUUUAUUUGCUUUUGGUUUUUGCUGGUAUCGAACUUCAGCAUGUUGCCGUUGUUAUUGAAAGACGGUUUGUUGAUACCGUUCAUUAGCACAAAUUUGAUCUAUAUAGGUUUUCAUAGUAUUUCAUUACAAUUAUCCUGUUUAUGUAAAACGGGGCCCUUUUCUUUUCUAAAUGCUAAUACUGUGAACAAAUGUAUAAAUCCAGCACCAAAUCGGAAUGCCUUUCUGCUGAAGAUGCUUACAAUAAGUUUUUUCUUGUCACUUCUAGGUAUGUUGUUGUUGAUUCUAGUUACAUUAUUUGUUGAACCUCCAUCCAAAUAUCCAGAUUUAUUUCCUGUUCUGAUAUCUAUGUAUUCAUGCGCACAUUUUGUAUACUUUUUCUUUUAUUUCACACACAAACAGCUAAUGCUACCAACUUCGCUGCCAACUAAAGCCAAAGUUAAGUUAAAUUAAUUAUUACGUUACAUUCUAACAUUCCCAAUAAACAUUUUAUUUAUACAUUUUAAA